CCAUCUCUUCUCUCACAUACCUGCACUGCUUACAGACUUGGAAGAGCUCAGCUCUCUGGUGGAGAAGAUGGCCUCCUCGACCGCCCUCUCCCUCCUCCUCUUCCCUCUGCUCUUCGCCCUCUCCCAUGCGGCCACCUUCGAGAUCGCCAACCAAUGCUCCGACACCGUCUGGGCAGCCGCCGUCCCCGGCGGCGGCCGCCAGCUCGACUCCGGCCAGAGCUGGACCAACGAAGUGAGCCCUGGCACUGCAGGCUGCCGCGUCUGGGCCCGCACCGGCUGCUCCUUCGACGGCAGCGGCCAUGGCAGCUGCGAGACCGGCGACUGCGGCGGCCUGCUCGAGUGCCAAGCCUACGGCUCCCCGCCCAACACGCUCGCCGAGUUCUCGCUCAACCAGGACAACAACAACGACUUCAUCGACAUCUCCCUCGUCGACGGCUUCAACGUGCCCAUGGACUUCAGCCCCACCACCGGGGGCUGCCAUGGGAUCCGGUGCGCCGCCGACAUCAACGGGCAGUGCCCCAGCGAGCUGAAAGCGCCGGGCGGCUGCAACAACCCCUGCACCGUGUUCAAGACCGAAGAGUACUGCUGCAACUCCGGCAGCUGCGGCCCGACCAACUACUCCAUGUUCUUCAAGAAUCUGUGCCCGGAUGCUUACAGCUACCCUCAGGAUGGCCCCACCAGCCUCUUCACCUGCCCCGGCGGGACGAACUACAGGGUGGUCUUCUGCCCCACGUCGUAGGAGAAGGGUUCGUCCUCCA